AUGGAAAUACGAGAGCUACCUUAUGGCAUUCUCAAGAAAUUAUCUGACCAGCUCGACAUUGAUGGUCCUCGUGACUGGAAGGCCCUUAUCAGUGUGAUGCCAACUGGAAUGUAUUCACAAGAACAGGUAACAAAACAGUAUUUAGAUUCCUCUCCAUAAACCCGAGAAUGAUUUCCAGUUAUAUUGUGAUAAUUUUUGUGUGAUGAUUCCAAGGAGGAUUGAAGGCAUGAGCUAGGCAUGCAAACGUUUCAAAGCAGUACUUUCCCCAGUAGGUACGGUUGAUUUAUGCUGUACACUGUGGUCCUAACUGAAAUCCUAAAAAAACACUUUUGUGAUUAUUCAGUUGAAAUUAGAGCUACUGAGCAGAACUACGUUCCUCGUGUUAAAUGUGGUGUUUAAGAGGUUGUAGCUUUUGAGUCUGUGAAUCAAAUCCUAAUAUAUAGUUUAAGCCAGCCUGCAAGCAAAGCUUUCGUUAUACUACGUAUAUUAAAACCAAUGAACGUAAGCCAUGGCAAAGAAAUCCACACACCUAUAUUUAAUUUUAGGAGCUUUAAUUCCGUUUACCUUUUGAGGGAGGGGUUGGCCGAUUUAAUAAAAAUUAUAUCCCAAAAAAAGGCAGCUAAAAUAAUAAUAAUAAUAAUAAUAAUAAUAAUAAUAAUAAUAAUAAUAAAUCUUCCGUCAAACUUUAAGUCAUAUUUACAGCCAAAAAAUCACUAUGAAAAUUUAUACUGGUGUAUUCUUCCGAUCAUUUGGUUAUGAACAAGUUUGAGAACCUUGCUAGAAAGAAAGAAUUUUCCUUCUGGAUUUACUUUUAACCCGGCUAUAAACACAAGCGACGUUCGAAUACGAAUCUCACCGGGCCCAAACGAACCGAGAAAAAGUCUUUGAAAAGAGACCGUGUUAGAUAUUCAGGCCCUGUGUUAAAAACGGUAAUGAUUAUUUAUGAUGGGGAACCUGCACGUAAUCUGUACUAAAUAAAAUAUCGAUAUCGGUACCUCCUUAUAAGAGGUUAAUGGGGAUGUGCCGCUGGAUGGGGUCGCAUUUUCACGACUGGUUUGACUACAACGGGGUCGCAUUUUCAAUACAGUUACUAGAAUGGGGUCGCACAUUUUCGGAUUUUUUGGGGUAAGACAGUUCUUCAUACUUACGGUUAGCAAACGUACUAGAAUGUUUGUACUGUAGGUGAAAAAUAAAGUGUUCUUCAUUCCAUUUAAAAUAUGGGUCAAUUCAUAAAAAUAAAAAGUGACUAAGUUGGGAUCGCGAAAAUUACAUAUUUUCCUAAAAGUGACUAAGACGGGGUCUAUAAUUGGCCACAGAAUAGACUAUAAUGGGGUAGGGGCGUUGAGAGGCCAGCGGCACAUAACCAGCAAAAAUUAGCCCAAGUAAUCCCCCGGUAUCGAUAGUCCCACUUGCAUUAAAAAAACCUUUAAUAAACUGUUGUAUUCGGUUAGGUUACGUCAUUUGAAAACCAAAGAACAAGAAUGGAUGGAAGUCCUUCAAUGGCUUUGUUAACUGACUUAGGCCAAAGGGCUAAGACUGUUCGACAGCUUGUUGUCUGGCUGAAAAAAAGUGGGAAUUGUCAAGCCUUAGACAUUCUGGAAUACAAAGGUAAGUUGAUAUUAAUUAGGCUAGUCAAAAAAAACAAACAAACAAACAAACAAACAAAGAAACAAAAAUAAUGGUGCUUACUGUGGUGAUGUAGAUGCACCAGUUACACAUUAUUCUCUAUACAGUUUGUUUUUACACAGUUUCUUUUUUGAUUACUCUUCUUCUUUGUAGUAGUCUUAAAACGAAAGAAUACUUCUUGGAUUAACUUUGUUAACUAUUAGUACGAACUUAUUAAUUAUACACAGGUGCUGUAUUCAUAAUACAGAAGAGGUUAAAAUCAUCAAACAACCCAAGUCGCAGCUAGUCAGAGUGGGUGGGACUGUUACCUUGAGAUGCAAGGCCACGGGGUACCCAGCUCCCCAUAUCAGUGGGUAAAAGAUGGAGCAAAACUCCCAUAUAGAAUUGAUAAAGAACUUACCCUGAAUCCUGGGACACUGUAGGAUAGUGGAAACUAUUUUUGCCUAUUUGCGCGCAUUAGAUCAUAUAUUCAAAUGCUAUUUUGCGCCUUAUAAAAAGUAAAUUAUUAUUAUUAUUAUUAUUAUUAUUAUUAUUAUUAUUAUUAUUAUUAUUAUUAUUAUUAUAUUGCCUUGUGUCCAAUCAUCUUAUUGCAGAAAAAAGCGAUGCACUGGAUUUAGAGGUUUUGCCGCCAACUUUCACUACUUCUGAAGGUAACGUUUUACUCUCCUGUUGUUAAGCUUUCUUGCGAUGCUUAAAGGUUUGACACAGUUCCGAAGAAACGUAUUAGAAACUUUCGAUUGUGCCAAGCAGUUAAUCGCGAGGCAAACGACCUAAUGUAAUGGACGCAAGGGCGCUUUGGUGGUAUUGCGAGCUGUUUGCGGAAAAUCGCUAUUAAUGCAGUGCUACAUCGAUUGUUCCUGGACCUUGUGUGCGAAUAGACCUUUUUAUCUUGUAUGUUUUGUUUUCCCAAUUCCGAGCACGUGAUAUUCUCUAGGUAAUUUGGCUUUUGUCUUUUCAUUAGUCAUGCACGCAUAUGUACGUGGAUGCACGUGAAUGGGACGAGAUUUAAAAGAAACAGUUCUCUUGGGUAACAUCACAUGGUCUGCAAUGGGAAAACAAAACAUACAAGCUAAAAAGUCUAUAAAGCGUUUUCAUUCACGUGGGCAGCAUUUAUGAAAAUUUAUAGGAACAAAAGAAAGCGUUUGCAUAAGAAAAGAGUUCAACUCCCACGGGAUUGGUUUGGUACACCAACAUGGCCGCCGUUUCAUUGUUUUGGAAUACCAAUAUGGCCGCCGCGACGUCAUGUGAAAACGCUCUAACAUUCAGGCGGGAUCGAUCAUCUCUCCCAAAAGUUCUAUAAUGAUUUCUUUCAGCUUAAAUAAUAUUCCACAUCGAGGUUUCUCAGAAAUUAUUAGUCUAUUGUUUAUAUCAAGUCAUUAUUAAGUCAGUAUUAAUUUCUCUUUACUUUGGCGGAUGAGAUUACGCUUAAUUAAAUAUAAAAAUUGCCUCAUGAAACUUUAUAUUUGAUUUUAAACUAAAAAAAUAAAUGAAUAAGCUUAGUUAAAAUUCUGUUAUGACUGUCAGCGCUCGUUAAUGCAAAUCGAAAGACAACGAUUUUAACUUUAGGCGCCAGCCCUUGUAAUCACAGUUAGAGACGUUCGAUCGGAUUGGUUUAAAUGAAAUCCCAUGAUCAAAUUUCAACGGGAACAGUUUAUGGACUCGCUCUGUGCCAGAGGUUUUUUUCUAGCAGCAAAUAAAGGUCCUGUGGCCGACACCGAGCUACCCCGCCGCACGCGAGAAAAAGCUUCUGGUACCAAGGGUUCAGGUAAUAUCAUCAAUUAAAACAUUGAAAACCUGUCAAACCAGUAAUACUCUGGCACAACAAAAGAAAAAUUUAUAAGAUAAAGGCAAAAGGCUAUAAUGUCAUCGGCUCUGUUCCCCCAAAAAGUAACACUUUCAGUAACAUAACCACUUGAAUAGUCUCAAUAACAAAACUGAUAAAAAAUUUAGGUACCAUUGCAUCAGUUUUCGAAUGUGAUGUUUAAUUUACAUUAUAUGUGCCUUUUAAGCUGAAUUGUUAUUUACUGUGCAUUGUAACAGGCACUUUUUAUCAGCUGUAAACUUUCAUAACCGUCACACGAUGACUGAUGUACCGUCGAAACAUGUUUUUUUUUUUUUAAUUAAAAAAAGUCGCAUUAUUUUUUAAAAUCAUGACAUCUAGCAGAGCACCUAGUUGGGAAAGAAUUUUCGGAUAUCUAUCAACAAAUCCGUCUGACAAGUCUUUAUACGACAACAAAGUAGACUGAACUGUGGAUACAGAAUAUGCGCGGGUUUUGUGACGUAAUCAGCAUACAUUUCACUCCUGAUUUGCCCCUAUUUUACUUAAUGAGUUUAUUAGCAGACAUAAUAUGUCGUUAAACUGAUUUAUUCCUUUUUUUGUUAACCUUCUCGGUAAGGCGUCUUCAAGGAAGAAAGCAUUGAGGGUAUUUUUACCAGUGAAGGUAGUGUAAUGGCUGAAGGAAAUAUCAGGCUAGUGUGCCCCCCUGGAGCUCUUGACGAUUCCUUGUCUGUAACCAUAACAUUAGAGGACCCGUCUAAGUACUACAGUUUGAUAGUUCAAAAGGAUCUGGAAAAUGACGUAAUUAUAGCUGCACCCAUCGUUAAUCUACAACCGAAUGGCCAUUCUUUUAGGAAACCUAUAAAGCUGACAACUAGUUUUAAAAGCUUGAAUUGGAAAUGGAAUGGAGAUGAUGUUUUCAUUUUGCAUGGCACUGAAGCUAGAGAUGGAAAGGUCACCUGGCAAGACAUCACUAAGAGUUCAAAGAUUAAUGAGGCAGCCGGAGAAGUUGAGGUUGAAAUGAAACAUUUCUCACUCAUUAUGGUUCUGUUACGUUGGACCUUGAUCCGUAGUAAAGACAUUCUGUCCAGAUUUGAUUUGCUGUCGUUUGAUUACACGUUACUGGUGCUGUUGAACAAGACGAGGCCCUCAUCUGCACACGACAUGCUUGCUCUACUUUUCGUGAGCCAAGACGUUUACCACGAACAAUUCUUCAGAGAGGACGAGACUUCAGCUUUGGUACAGCUUAAGAAAGAGGGUUUUAUAGAGGUACAUGAACAUGCCACUGACAGACUAGAUAAAAAGCGAAUUUACAAUCAUGAAAACCUUCAAGUUAGUAUUCAACUCGGGGAAGACUACAAACUACCUGAUAGCCAGCACAGAAGUUUUAGUUUCGGUGUAGAUUCCUUUGUUUGGUGGAAUGGAGGAAAGGUAAUCAAACUUCCUCUGGAAUGGAAAAACGAAGUGAGAUAUCUCUGUGGGACAGUCAGCGUGAAUGGAGAAAAUGGGCACGCGAGCAAGAAGCAUUUUAGUGAAGGAGGUAAAUUUGUUAGGUGCUUUAGUAUAACAGUAUACAAUAGAUGGCGGUGGUGCUUAAAGAUCCUCCUUAUCUUGGUCUCCAUAGUUAAUCUUUAAAACAUGAAUUAAAUGCAAUUCUCGCGAACGAAACCCACGUUAAGUCUAUUCAUUUAUUUGACCACUCAUUCACUCACUAUUGUAACCUUUACUUAGGACUCUUACCUCCGACCUCGACGCAAAAUAGGGGUAAACAAAUCAUUUAAAAAAUUGUCUCCAAAAAAUUUGUAGUGACACUACUACUAGGUGUCCCCUCUUAUGCCUAACAAGUGGUAUGUUAUUUUUUCACAGAUCUGUGUAAUUAUGUAAGGAAGCUACUGGGCAUGGAGGGGAACAUCUUUAACGUCGUAACCAUUGCCAGGCUGCUUGAGAUGCCUGAAGAGUUAAUACAUCAAGUCACCAGAUUUUGGGAGGACGACUGCGAGCAGUUGAACCUUUCUUUGCAACACUGGUCGGAGAAGAGUGCUGGAGCAGAAAAUCUUUCUUCUCUAAGAAAGUGUCUGGAGGGCAUAAAUCAAGAAGGUCAGUGGUGUUUCAAGCGGACUUGCGGCGCAAUGGCUGUUUUUUUUUUUAAAAAGAUAUCUAAAUUUGUUACUUAGUUUAUUAGGAUCUGUGUCACGAAAUUUAUCAAAAUCCAGACAGAUGAAACCGCCACCAAACUGAGUGAAAUAUAAGAAUAACUGCUCAUGCAAUGAACAGAAGGUAUAAAUAACACGGCAAAUACAAAAGGAGGUACGGAUGAACAAACUUGAAGAGGAUUGAAACGGACUGAAAUAGUGGCUGGGUUUGAAAACUUGUUAGCCUAAACGUUUUUCAAAGUUCUUUUUUUUUUGGUAACAAUAUAAUGCUUGGAGACAUUUGUUUGACAGAAGCUGUGAUUUUGUCAUUCACAAGUAAUUUCUUACGUUUCUAUAGCGAAUAUGGAUGCGUUGCUGGCAUUCAUUAUUAACAAAAUGAACAGCCGUGACACAGUCCCCUUAAGUAACCCUUAAGACCUUCCUGUAUCCUUUUUGACGCCCAGUUCCUAGUAGAGGAAACAGUUUACCAAUUUUAUUCUGUGAUAUUCUUUUAAAAUACUCACUAGAAUACAAUGUAACAUCAAGAGGCCAGAUGCACAUCAGGCGCUUGAGAAAACUUGCCACGAAGAUAACUGACUUACAACUCGUUAACACAGAUUUAGUGAGGUAUUUUUCACGUAAAGCUACAAUUCUUUGCAACUCUGUGUUGAGAGACUGUUGCCUGGAGUUGAACCAGGAUAAAGCCUUUUCAUCUUCCAAUAAUGCAGAUCCUUUAGUCAAACAAUUCAUCGAGAAUCGUCAACCAAUGCCAGAAGAUAUUUCUACAAAAUAUAAACUGGUGUGUUCACCGUCAGAUGAAUCGAGGACAAGCAUUUUCCUUGCCAUUGUUCCCCAUCUCAUUCAAACCAUCAAGGAAAUCUUUGUUGACCAUAAGAGGCUUGUUCCUCAUAGUGGCUUGAUUGGACUUCGUGAGGACAACGUAAAUCAGUUGUUGACAAGCGUUUUGAAUGCUCGACAAAACAACAGAUUCCGGAAUCUUGUGUAUGUGGAGUGCCAAAUUCUGGAGAAGUUGUGCCUGAAGAAUCACAACAAGAAGCCUGUUGCAGAAAUUACAAAGUGGAGCGAAAGUCUUGCCAUUGAGCAAAUGCUUAACUUUCUAGAGCGGUUUUUCAAGCACUGCCUACACGACAUAAGGCUGCACAGAAGGUUAGAAAUUUUUUCUCGCCGCCUACGAGACACAUUGUUGACCGACGACAAGGAAGUAGAUGAAGAUUACAUGCAAGAUUUUGCCAACAUUUUAUUGAGUCUCGUUGAUUUUGCCAAGUUUGAUCCUUCAAAACUGGUGAGAUUUGAGCUAAUUGAUUCGAAAAACUCCACAUUGUCCAGUACCUCGUCUGAUGUUGAGAACGUGGUGCACGACGAGUAUGACGACACAUACUCUCAAUCGUUCAGCAUCAAGAAAGUAUCGGAGGACGAGCUUCAACUGAGUGCGGCUGCAUGUGUGCACAUUUAUGGAUCAGUGCGCAAGAUAGGGGCAUUCCAGUCAGUUAUUAUGCUGAAUCGAUCUGGCAUGGAUGUAUUCAACAGAUGCAUGAGUCGCUUCGCUCCAGCUGACAUUGCGGUAAUGAAAAUGGAAGCCGAAAACGAGCAUCCGGGAAAUCUUCAAACAGUUCUUUAUGCUUCACAAAAGGAGAAGCUAUCAGAAUCGAUACAGAUCUUCAAACGAGAACUGAGUGAAGACAUGGUAGACUUGAGUCACUCAGAGGUCUCUCAGUGUUACCUUUCAAUGCGAUGUAUUGACUUCACGAAGGAAAAGGUCCUAAGACUCCGUCUAGUCUACAAAUGGGGUUCGGAGGCAGUUGUUCUGGACAGUAACGACUUUGUGACCUUUUCCGAUUGCUCAACUGGCGGCGCCUGUUUACCAGAAGUAAAAAGUUUUGGUAAGUUUGAGUCGUUUAUUGUUUGUGUCUGUUUAUCCCACCCUAAGUCGCGUCCAUAAGUUCAAUAAAUCCUUUUCUUUGUUGCGUCCAGUGUUCGAACGGUCAAUAUUUUUAACACAUAUUCGAUACUCACAGGCUAUUAUACAUUGUAAUCAGUGUCUAUCCAUCUUACUGGCUUGGGGCCUACAGUUAAUUCUGAACCCUUAAGAUAAUUCAGUUUUCUACUACUACAUACAACUGAAUAAUCUAAGUUGCGUGCGCAAUGCAUGAGUACCAAAAAUGAUACCAAGUCGCGUUUGGCGAUUGGCACUCAAUAUUACAAGAUGCUAUUUUAAACGGGAAUGUUUCCAAUAGACUCCUUACGAAAGCUGUAUUUUCCUUGCAAACUUUUAAAGGACCCCGGCAUACAUGCGUGAAGACAACGGGCAAAAGGGGGCUUGAUGUUGGGGUAGAGAGCCAUGGUAACGCUCGAAUCUUUUUCAAAUCCCUGCUUAAGGCUGAUUAAAGUGAAAAAAAAUUGUGUAUCCUAUCUUGAAAAAAUCCUUCCUCGUGGAAGAGUUAGCUAUAAGAAGGAACGCGAGACUCGACAAAUGCUCGAAGAAGGGAGGUAUAAGAAGACAGGAAGGGAACGAGGGGAGAAUAGCUUAUGGCAUCACCUUAUCAUCUAACUUGUGAGGAAAAAAUUUCUUUCACUCAGGUUUGGACAACUCACUCAUGUCUGA